ACGCUGUCAAAUUCAAAUUCAAAAUAUUUGCCCAAAGUUUUCCCAACCCUCCGUCGCGGGCAUGCAUCGCGGUUCUUGUUCUUGUCCUCAAAUCUGGAAAUCUGAAUGUUGGCCACCUUGUCCCAGCUUGAUAUUUACUCCGUUAGCGGGGGAGAAGGCGAUAGUAGCGAUGUCUCCGACAUCGAGGACUAUAGCCCCACGCAUAUAUGCCGCACCGGCUGUCCCAUCAUCAAGGUCGAUAGCGGCAAGCUGGGGAAACUGGCAGAAAGCGGCAGAUCCAUAUGCGUUGCAUUCAACAGCAAAAGCACAGCCGAACCCCUACAGGUCAUCGAGCUAGAUCUAGCCUACACUAGCCAGGGGACACCGCAUCCCGCCGCGCAGUACGUCGCCAUCAGCCAUGUCCGGGCCGAAGGUAUGGGCAACUCUCGGGGGGCCGAGCUACCGCAGUGCCGGAUACGUCAGAUUCAGGGGUUUGUCGACGCCCUGACUGGCAGUCCGGCUGGGCGCACCUUCUUCUGGAUUGACUCAUUGUGCCUGCCGUCGGCGGAUCGCCACACGAAAAAGCUCGCGGCACGCCAUAUCUGCCGUGUCUUUGUUUCCGCUCAUAGCGUUCUGGCACUGGUGCCAUCCCUCAUGUCGUUCAAGUCUAGCGGCGCGCCAGCGGACCGCACCCUGGCCAUCAUCGCGGCGUCACCCUGGCCCAAGAGACUGUGGACAUUCCAAGAAGGGGCGGUAGCAAACAAUUUUUUCUUUCAGUUCCAAGACAGAGCUGUGGCGCUUAAACAUCUUCUCUCCGCCAGUGAGCAAACGGCGAUGCCAGGGCUCCCAGGUGACAACGACACUCUGGAGAGUUUAUUGGACAAAAUCCUCCAGUUUAGCGAGGAUAUCAAAGUCGACGGCUUCCCCGGUUGCCUGAGAUACGGCAAAGAAGAGAACCUGUCGCUGUCAAGGCGCCGAGCCAAGGUGAAGUUGAGGGGCUACUUGAGGCUCUGUUUUCUGAUGCUACCCUUGUUUGAAUACUUUGCCACGGAGCGCGAACGGAUUGUGGUUCCGAAAGUCAAGUAUGCUUUGGAUACCGUAUAUGGCACACUUGGUAGAACGGCUACUGGGAGGGAACAGAGGAUAGACAGGCUAAAGAGUGUCUUAGGACUGCUGGAAGGGACAGUCGUGUAGAGAAGUUAGAGCUAGAAUUGCACACGUCAUGGUUUAACUUGAAUGCAUGCGGCGCGACAUUUGCAGCCUCUUUUGCAUAUCAUUGUUCAUGAUAUCAAUACUUCUCACAAGGGCUUCGACUGAACUACAGGAGGCACUUGAACAAGCAACACGCACAAUCGAGCACGGGAAUAUGCUGCCAACGAAUGCUC